UCUCACUUGACUUUUAUUUACACGGGCAUUGGCAUGUGAGUGGCAUGAAGUGGAACGGAAAAGGGGUAAACUUGGGUGGUUUUGUGGGGGGGAUUAAGGGGGGUUUUGGGUGGUUUUUCUGGAUCUGCUUUCGGUUGGCUUGCGAAGAGAUAUUGCAACUGCCUGCCGCCGUUUGUUACCUUUGUUUGUGAAAGUUCUCCGUGCGCCGGUUUUUUUUUUUUUUUUUUUUUGUUUUUUGGGGCUAGGGCAAAGUGCCAAAUUGGCCUAAUGGCGUUAAUGCGAAUACGAGUCGAGACUGAACCAGCCAGCAACUUGGUCCCCACAUCAAAGGUCGUUUACAGAGCACCCGUUUCGGUUUCAGUUUCAGUUUCGAGUUCCAGAUUUGGAUGCAGAUGCAGUUGCAUUUCGAGAGAUUGGGUGCAGUUGCCAAGGAGAAGGCUUAAUGGACCCACUCCCACUGGCCACUCACAAUGCAAUGCAAAUCAAAGCACUCAAAAAGUUAAGCAAUUUGGCAACGAAUGCUAAUGGAAGUCGAGCACAUUCCUGGGACUCAUUUCGGCUUUGCUUCAUUUAAGUUUUAAUUCCCGCUGACUUGGCAUGUUCUUGAAAUUCGAAAAAGGAACUUGGCUAAUCGCAAAUUGUCUGAAAGCAAUGCAAUCCAUGAGAAAGCUAUCAUUUAGCAAAGGAAUUUCAUAUGUAAUACUUUGGUUAUGCUACACAUUUUGUUGGUAGUUAACCCAUUAACUAGUGGGAGAAAUCUUUAUUUGAAUAUGGCACCUUUUUCCGCCUGUUCCAUUUGCAUGGGAAGAACUCGAAAGAUGGUCAAGGAUCCCCUCUCCUCAAAGCAAGUCUACGUGUGUCCGAAAUGCUGCAACAGCAAGUUGCAUAAAAAAAUGCAUUCAAUUGGAGCAGAUAAAUUAAAGAAGAAUGUGCACGUAAAAUCUUUGGCAAAUGAAUCGAAAGCCUGCCAGGAUAAAAAUCAAAUCUCCAAGAUUCCAGGUGAUGGAUGUCCAACGACCAAGAGCAAAUGUUAUAAAAAACUAGAAGGUGAAAAGGGAAACCAAGCAAUCAAAGAGGAGGAUUCCAGGGAUAUCAGCAAAAGCACUCAAAUGUUUCCACAAAAAAUCACUCCUCCUCUCAUGCAACUUGUGGUGAUUAAAGACCGAAAGUAUGUGGCCAUCAGUGAAACAGCUGACGACGAGUGAAAUUAUAUUAAAACCUAUUUUUAUAUUAUAAAAGCUGAAUUUAAUUAAACUAUUUUCGGUGUCA